AUAUUCAAUCUUUAUAUCCUCAAACUUUGCGUGGUUUUACUUAGUUCAUCAUCAAGAAAACUCUGAAGUAUUUUAUCAAACACUUUGUGGACAAAAGUUUUCUUUCAAUGUUUAUGCUUUUCAAAGCUUCACCUUAUUUCAUGUACUGAUAUUUUGAUCAAGUUUCUCAAUUUGUUAAACAUUCAUGUAGGGAGAAAAGUACGUGGGUGAGUUUGAGAAGCUGAAAUAUCUGCCCAGCUGCAAAAGUUAGAUACAAAACGUGGAGGAUAGAAUUUCGCCGGAGACCCGCCGGAAAUGGACGCUCAAUGCUCCGAACAGAACCAUUAUCUGCCAUUUCACGCAGCAAAGCUACUUACCCGCCCGGGCCUACAUCGCAACGCCCGUCCGGGCCAAUUCUCGAAGGCGUGGAGACUCCAGUGCUUACCACCCGCCCGGGUGAGUUUUGCACCAACAAAUACAACCGGUCGGCUAAGAUUCGAAAGGCGUAAUGAGUCCAGAAUGGGUAGAAUUUCUAUUACCCGACCGGGUGAUGUUUCAAUUUCAAAAUCCACCCGGCCGGGUAGAGCAAUUCUAACUGGCAGUUUAUUGGGCAGUUUCAUUCCUGACAGUUGGGCGGUUUUGCUUGGAAGAAAAAGGGAACGAAUUGGGCAGAGAAGAGGGAGAGGACGGCAGGAACGAUUUUUGGAGAGGAAUUCCAUUCAUCAAAUUGAGAUUAAGUUUGGAGUGAUUCGUGGGGUACGAUUUUGGGAGAAAACAAAUUGGUGAGAAUUUGGAGUGGAAGUGCUACGUGUUUAGUUGGAAAAGAAGAAUUCUCCAAAGUCAAAUCAUCAUCUUCAAGGUUUAUGAUUCAAGGUUCAUCUCCAUUAUCUUUGUUCUUAGUUUAAUUAUGUUAGACUAAGAAUAUUGCGUUGCUCCAAACAUGUUGUUAGACAAAUUAAUUUCAUGAUUUAUCUUAUAUUCGUUUCUAUCUCAUGCUCGUCUUUGCUACUUGUUCGUUAAAUGAAGUUAUUACUUAAGGUGCAUCUUCGGUGAUAAUUCCUUAAUCUUAAUUUAAUGUCUCUUUAGCUUGAAUUAAGAUGGAUCAAGGUAGUGUUGGAUUAUCAAUUGAAUUCGUUUAGAUGACAAAUUGAUAUUGGAUGUUGAGCAUAAUUGAAACCGUUAUUUGAAUCUCGCGCUUCCGUAGGAUUUUUAGAAUUGUGAAACUUGGUUUUAAGAAUAUGUGUUUAGCUAUUCUUUGACCAUUUGUGUUUAGCAUGUUUAGGGCCUACACCUUAGUUUACUUUUAAUUGUCCCGAACGUUAUGAGAUAGAAUCGAAUAUAUAAGAUAAAUCCUCUUGUUGUCUACAAUUGUUUGGAGUAACUUUCGUCUCUCUUGUGUUAAUUAGAAAUUUAAACUUUGUUUCUUUUGUAUUAAAAAUCUUUCUCUAAUAAAAAACCGACAUCUUUAAUGUUUAUUAUUUUAGGUGAAGUUAAACAAAGACACCUUAAAUUACUACACACGAAGCUGUAAUCUUGCAAUGAAGUGAUAAUACUUGGGUUAAUUAAUUGAACUAGAGUGCAAAAUUAUUUUGUUUUGAUAAACCUAUCACUUGUUCUAAAAGAAUUAUAUUUCUUAUAAAAAAAUUAUCUCUUAAAUUAAUAUAAAUAUACUUUCUUCACUUAAUACCUAGAACAAAAAUUUUCAAAAUCUGUCUCAAUUACCUAAUUUGUGUUGUAGUACUAUACUUGUAUAUGUGGUGAUCCUUAUCCACAGCAACAGUACUUCAUAAGCAAUAAACACAUGAAAUACCAAAAUCACCCCUGGGCACGGGCAACACAAUCACGCAAAUGAACGGCCAGGGCCCCACCUGCAUCAAUAUUCUCAUUUCUCAAUUCCUCUCGAAUUAUCUAUUUCGCCUCACCACAAUCGCUAAACCGUUUUCUCUCUCCCGCUCAAUGUCGACGGCCGAUGACGCCGGCGCGGCCGUCAAUGCGCCGAAGAAGAAGCAGCGUGUAAGCAGCAGCAGCACCUGCCUCCCAUCCACUCUCGCUGUCAUCGAUUUAUCCGACGAAUCCCUAACCGAAAGGCCUCGCAAACCGCCUCUCCUCCGCCGCACCGCCUCCCAUUCUCUAUUCCACUUCUCCCCGUCCUCCUCCGCCGCUGAUUUCAACGAUCAGUGCACCGCAGACGUCGUCCUCGCUCUCCGCCUCGACCAUCAGCCGUCUUCUUCAUUCGAUUGCGACGAUGCUUUCUCCGAAUCGAGCUCGAUUGCUUCCCCCGAGACUCAGAUCUAUUUGCACUCACGAGUUCUUCGCCGAUCGAAAUACUUCGCCGCGCUUCUCUCCGACCGCUGGCAGCAGAAGAGCGACGCGGCUUCGUCGAUGGAUGAAGAGAAUUGCUUCAAAAUCCAUCGUAUUACUCAUCGUAUUCCGGCUGUUUAUGAUUCUAUGGAUGACUACGUGACAGUGCUCAAACUCCUCUACUCUGAUGAUUUGUUGUUUGCGAUUGAUAACCUGUCGACCGCGCUUGAUUUGCUCCCGAUCGCGCUUGAAUUGUUGUUUGAAGAUUGCGUUAAGGCUUGUGUGAGAUUCAUCGAGGCAGUGCCGUGGUCGGAAGAUGAUGAAAAGAGGAUCUUAAGUUUGAUUCCUCUACUGAGUGAGGAAGAAUCAAAAGAGCUCCUCGCCAGAGUUUCUCCCCUGAAAAAUGAUUCAUCCGAGGAAAUGCUUCACGGAUUGAUCCUCUCCGCAAUCCACAGCAAUUCGAACAUGGCCUUCGCGAAGGCGUUCGUCGCAAAGCUGCUGAGGGACUUCUCGUCGAGGGAGACGGCGAGGAAAGUUCUCGAUGCGGCGUUCGACAAGAGUUUGAGAGUCGUGAAGCAGUCGUUGGAGGAGUACUCGAGUCCGGACUUCAGAGGCAGCCACGACGAGACGGAGGUUAUCCAGAGGCUGAAUUUGCACACGGCGAUGACUAAUUUGAAGCACGUUCUGUGGCUGGUGGAGAGGAUGAUUGAGCUGAGAGUGGCGGAUACAGCCGUGAAGGCGUGGAGCGAGCAGGCAUCACUCACGGCGGAUUUGAGGAGGGCGUUUCUCGAUGAUCUAUGGCGUGCUUUCUUUCCGGGACUACCCUCUGUAGUGCUUCGCUGCACUUGCCGGCUUGCUAGUGCAGUCGUCACGGGGAAUAUCUUGGCUGCAAGACAGGUGAGGAUGAAGCUAGUGAGGGAUUGGCUGCCGGUGUUGAUUAUCUGCAAAGAGAGGGUACCGAUCAUGGGGUCGAACAGUAUGUCGCUGUAUGUGGAGCUGGAAGACAUAUUUUUGAGGAUCAUAUCGACUCUCCCUAUAUCAGAUUCACAGGAAUUGUUGCAGCAGUGUCUUAGCUUCUCAACUCGGAACAUUGAUGACUGCCCUCACUUGGUCGAUGCGUUUACUACUUGGUUUCGUCGUGCCAACCGACCCGCACAGGCAGAUCUUUCCGAGUGAUGCUUGUGGGUCUUGGUAGGAGGAGAUCCAUCGCUUACCACGUGAGCUUUGUAAAUAGACUAUUGCCAUCUUUUUUCCCUUUGAAAGUUGCAGUAAGGCAGGAGUCGUCUUCAUUUUAAUGUCUGUGACGAACUAAUGUGCAUUUUGCUGCCCAUGUAUAUGUUUGAGAAUGGAUGUUGCUAUAACUUAGAAGAAAUAAAAGAUGAAGUUGCAGUUAA